AUGGCACAUACGUCGUUCAUAGGUCACAUAUCAAGUCCCGAAAAUUUUAGCUUUGGAUUUAAAGGCACUGCCGAGAUAUGCAACGAUCUUUGCGGCCGAGAGAGUACGCGGAACUCGGAGAACGGAGAGAGGAAAACACUUUUUGGCCAUAUCUUUGCCAAUUUCGCGCGGAAAAAUUUAAUUUUUUGUGGAGACAUUACUCUCUACAGUAGAAAUAGACACAAAAAAUUUCAUGGCAAAAUUCGAAAAAAAUGUUGUAUUUUUUUGGCCAAGUUUCUGUCUAAAAAUCUCGGUUGUUUCUGCAAAGUGCGAGCUAAAAAUCUCUUAUAUUCCUCAGAAAAAAUUGCUCUAAAUUUGUCCCAAGUUUCAUCAAAAUUUCAACGCCGCACUUGGAGGAGUAUACAAUUGCAUACACAUAGUAUAAUAUACAAGUAAAACACAAUCCAAUUGAAACCCCCUCAUUCUUUUGUUUGUUUGAUUUGUGGCUUUUGCGGGGCCCGUCUUUCUUCAGCCUAACGCCCGUUAAUUAAUGCAAUUGAAGAGAGUUGAGUUUCAAUGUUUAUUUCGUAUCAGUCGGUCGGGAAAAUAAUAUGGAUUUGCAAACGUUUCAAAUAAACAAAUAUACAUCUUCUUGGUCAAUUUUGCAAUAUGUUUGUGAAGUAAACACCUAUGAUAAGGCUUUUAUUUCAUGUGCUUCGAACACUUCUUGUGGAAAAUAUCAUCAAUUUUUACCGUAGCUUUACAAAACCCCUAUCUGAGUUCGACUUGACAAUGCAGAGCUUGCCAUUUCACGGUCCUUUUGUUCUUCAAAGUCGGUAAUGACCAAAACGCAUCCAUUGCGAGUCGAAAAAUUUGGGCCAAAAGCGUGAAAUUGUUCGGUUAUCGCAAUGUUGAAAAAGUCGUAUUUUCUAAUACUGUUUUUUGUGAUCCUCCAAAAUAACAAUCUUCUUCACUUCGCUCAAGUUUAUGAAGACAAUUUUGAGGAGGAAAAUUGUGACACUACGGCGACUAUUACCGCAACUACAACAACAUCCCAUUUGACGACAACUACAACGUCUGAGUCGAAAAAAACGACGGAAAAGACGACUGCGACAACUACUGGUAUUUUCAUAAAGUGCAUGGACAUUUUUUUGUGUUCGCACAGUGCAUUUUAAAGUUUCUCCCAUGCUCGUCGCCAACGCACAGUGCAUUUUCCUUUUUUCGCACAGUGCAAAGUGCAAACCUCAAAAAAAGCCGUUUGCACCGUGCAGACUCCCGGGCCGCCGCGGCGACGUAAUUUGAAACUCGCUUUUGUCGCAGCGAUAAUUUGAUGCACAGUGCAAACACAAAAAGGCAAAAUGCACGGUGCAAAAUGGUGAUUCCUUGUUUACGGUGCGGGCCACGUCAUUUUCCCACGCUUGUCGCCAUCGCACUGUGCAUUUUCCUUUUUUUGCACAGUGCAAAGUGCAAGCCUCAAAAAAAGCCGUUUGCACUGUGCAAACGUUUGAAAAUUUUUUUGCUCCGCACUGUGCAUUUCAAACUUUUUCCCAGGCUUAUCGCCAACGCACAGUGCAUUUUUCCCUUUGCGCACCGUGCAAAAUGCAAUCCUCAAAAAAAACCGUUUGCACUGUGCAAAUUUUUAAGCAUUUUUUCGCACAGUGCAUCUUCAAUUUUUGCGAAACCAAAAAAAUGUCGAUGCACUUUACAAAAAUACUAACGUAAACGCCGUUGAAGACUUUGAGACAACUCUUCCAGAUCCUGAUACUACAACUACCAUUCCUACAGAACCUACAACUACUCCAUGGGAUGAAACUACAGUAGCCCCGGAGACGACGACAAGCCCUACAACUGAUCCUUCGACUGAAACAACAACGCAAUUUGUGGCCUCUACUACGACCGACGAAGAAGGCGAUUAUGAUGGAGAAGAUGGGAAUAGCAGAGAAAACAUUGGUAAGAAAACAAACAUUCAGGAAUGGAAUGCACAGUGCAGCCGUAAAAAUUUUGUAAACGCACGGUGCAACAAAAAAGAUUUCAGACUGCACAGUGCAAACUCAGCGACAACUCAUUUCUGUUUGCAAGCGCAAACUCAGCGACAAAUCAUUUCAACUUGCACUGUGCAAGAAUAAAAAUAUUGCAAGCGCACGGUGCAAUAAAAAAUAAUGUAGAUUGCACAGUGCAAGGUCAGCGACAAAAAUUUUCAUCUUGCACCGUGCAAGAAUAAAAAUUUUUCAAACGCACUGUGCAACGGAAAAUUUUACGGAAAUGCACUGUGCAAAGCCAGCGACAAAUCGUUUCAGUUUGCACAGUGCAGAAAUAAAAAUUUUGCAAUCGCACGGUGCAACGAAAAACAGGCAGAUUGCACAGUGCAAACUCAGCGACAAAUCGUUUCAGUUUGCACAGUGCAGAAACAAAAAUUUUACAAACUCACGGUGCAACAAAAAAGAUUUCAGAUUGCACAGUGCAAAACAGCGACAACUCAUUUCAGUUUGCACAGAAAUUUUGAAAAUGCACGGUGCAACAAAAAAAUCAGAUUGCACUGUGCAAACUCAGCGACAACGGAAUUUCGCAUGCACUGUGCAAAAAUAAAAAUUUUAUAAACGCACGGUGCAACGCAAAAUUUUGCGGAAAUGCACUGUGCGGCCCUCUUUUCUUAGUUCGCACGGUGCAAAAAGAAUAAAUUUUUUUGAAACUGCACGGUGCAAAGGCACUACAUCAAAAGCGAAAUGCACUGUGCGAAAUUUUUGAAAAAAUAGAAUGCACAGUGCAGUGCAGCGACAAAAAAAAUAAAAAAUAAAAAAUUCGAUAUUGCACAGUGCAAACGCAAAAUUAAACCGUGCAGUUUUUUGCACUGUGCACAACAAAAUUAUUUUUCUAUUUUCAGAGGCAAAAUCGACCAAAAAAAUGCCCAUAAUAACUGCGACAACUCCUAAAAUUGAUGCAAAAAUCGACAAUUCAGACGCUGACUCUGAUUUCUCGGAGAAUUACGGGCAAAAUCUCCGAUCUUUUGCGAAUUGGGCGCAAGAAAGUUGGAAUGGCGAGAACACCUUCAAAGUUGACCUGUUCACAAUCGAUGGCACCACUUUACUCGGCAAUCUUACCUUGGGUUCGCCGCCGCUUACUGUGAGAGUAACUUUUGACCAAACCACGUUCACCACCUGGAUCACUGGCUAUCAUUGUGUCUACACGAAUGGAGUGACCUGUUUCACGCAGCUCCACAAAUACGAUCCAACGCUCUCGUAUACGGCAACGUUUCUGAAUCGCUCAAUGAUGUUGGAUUACGGGAAUGCGAUGGCAAAGGGGGAGUUUGUUCAGGAGUUGGUGGUGGUAGGUCAUUGUGAGGGUACUAGUCGAUUUAUUGUCAGCUCGGAACCCAAAUGUCCUCUUCGUUUCCAAUGUUUUGCAACAUUGGAGUGGCCAAUCGUCUGGACACCUUCUUUCGCGUGAGUUUUCAAACUUUAAAAAUUUUUCGCACAGUGCAGAAAAUUUAUUUUUUAUUUUUUUCGCACUGUGCAAGAAAUUUUUUCUUUUCAUUUUUUCGCACGGUGCAAGAAAUUUUACUUUUUAUUUUUUUGCACUGUGCAAGAAAAUGUUCUUUUCAUUUUUUUGCACAGUGCAAGGAAAUUUACUUUUCAUUUUUUUGCACAGUGCAAAUUUUGCGACUUUCAUGCACAGUGCAAGAAAAUUUACCUUUAAUUUUUUCUGCACAGUGCAAGAAAUUUUUUCUGCUCAUUUUUUCGCACUGUGCAAAUUUUGCGACUUUUUCAUGCACAGUGCGAGGAAAUUUACUUUUCAUUUUUUCGCACUGUGCAAGAAAAUUUACUUUUCAUUUUUUCGCACAGUGCAAGGAAAUUUACUUUUCAUUUUUUCCGCACAGUGCAAGAAAUUUUCACUUUUCGUUUCUCCGCACAGUGCAAGAAAAUUUGAUUUUAAUUUUUUCUGCACAGUGCAAGAAAUUUGUUCUUCUCAUUUUUUCGCACUGUGCAAAUUUUGCGACUUUUUCAUGCACAGUGCAAAAAAUUUUGGAACGCUUGCACAGUGCAUUUCUUUUCUUUUUUUUAAUCUUUUCGCACUGUACGUUCUUUUUGCACGGUGCAAUUUUGCUAUUUGCACUGUGCAAAACCAACUUCUAAAUUUUGUACGGUGCAAUUUUUUUGUCUUCUGCACCGUGGAAGACCCACUUCAAAAUUUUGUGCAAAAUCCAUUUCAACAUUUUGCACAGUGCAAUUUUUUUUCUGCACUGUGCAAUCAGUUGAGGAUGCGGACUCAAGAUGAAUUGUUCAGGACGUUCUCCUCGACGGAGUGGUUGGUCUCGCCUUCCCUCCAGCGAAUCAAACCGGAUUUCUUGAGUUCCUCCUCCACGCCCAGAUAUUUCAAAAGCCAAUCUUCUCGAUUUGGCUGAACCCGCGAAGAAAUUUGACGUCCGAUUUGGUCGCUGGGACUAUUGUGUUUGGACGGGCCGAUAAAAAGAAUUGUGGAAAUGUAAUAGGAUCUGCCAGGGUUGUAAAGAGACCGUUGUGGGAGUUCAAGGUAGGCCAAAAAUUGAUAUUUUUUUCAAAAUCUGUCUCACCACGAAAACUUGAGAUUUGUCAACUUGGUCCGUAUUUUAACUUUCUGAAUUAAUAACAGUGCCCACGGCGUUAUUAACACAUAAAAAAUUAAAAAUUUGCAUAUUUUUUAAAAAUUUUGAGUCCCGCCACGAAAACUUGAAACCCCUAAAGUUGGCUGAAAUUUCGGUUUUCCAGCUUGAUAAUGCCUUUCAGAAAUGUUUGAAGGUCAUUAGAAUCUUUUUCUAUCCAAAAUUUGAGUUUUUUCCCAAAAAUUUGGUCCCACCACGAAAACCUGAAAUCUCUCAAAAUGAGCGUAUUUUUGAAUUUACGGACUGCCUGCUUCUUUCUAAGCGAUUUUCAGACCGUUAUAAUUUUAUUCGCCCCAAAAUUUGCAUAGUUUAAUCGAAAUUUUGGGUCCCGCCACGAAAACCUGAAACCCCUCAAAAUGGCUAUAUUUUUGAACUUACGGACCAACUGCAUCUCUUUAGGCGAUUUUCAGGCUAGCCUAAUGUUUUCACACCGAAAUUUGCAUAGUUUAAUCGAAAUUUCGGGUCCCGCCACGAAAACCUGAGAUCCCCCAAAUUGACCCAAAUUUCGAUUUUUCAGAUUGAUAACAUCACUCUGAACAAUUUUCUGAUCCGCCGCGAGAUCAACGCCAUCUUGGACAUGGGGAGUUCGCAUAUUUUUGUCCCCAAAAUGGACUUGGCCAAAAUCAAAAAAGUGCUCAAACUCAAAAAUACAGUACGAAUCCCAUGCAAAAAGUACAUGAAAUUGGUUCUGCGUUCGAAUCGGACCAGACUAAUCAUGAAAAACAACAAUUUGAUGCGCUUUUUGGAGAGAAAAAAGACCAAGAAGUACUGUAACUUGGAGAUUCGAGAAGGCGCUGAUGAUGUGUGGAUUCUGGGAGCCACAUUUUUCCGCCGAUUCUGUGUGAUUCACAACUUUUUGAAGGGAAUUAUCGGAUUCGCAGAGCAUUUGGAUUAA